AUGAAAACUUACGGAUUGGACAAACCGGCCCCGUUGAUCGCAAACGUCGUUCUGAACUACCUGGCCACCUUCUUGGGUUAUUUGCACAUUGCAAUGGGCACCCUGAUCUUCUCGUCGGUCACGUUUAUUGAGAUUGUCGACGUCAUCACCGUCAUUAUGCGGUAUAUAGCAUCCGCGGUGGUCUGCCGUGCCGUAUUGAACUUUGAGCUGGCCGGAAUCUGCCUGGCGAUCGCUCAACAGGCCAAGCCAGCUAUACAGGAGGACCUAGCAAACGGCGGCUCCGGCACCGGGGCGACACAACAGUACCGACCAUAUAAGCCACCGUCCUCGCGGAACAGUUCUCUGUCUGACCAGGAUACCGCGUAUGAGAGCACCAGAGAAUAG